AUGGUUGUGACAUACAGGAACAACCGGCUGGUGCCAGCUAUCGUGAUAUCAGCGUGCCUCUGGGGUAUCUAUCAUCUUGUGGAUGUCAAAAUUCCAAACGAAAGCUAUCAUACCGUCAUACUUCCAGACUGGAGAACGCCACCAUCACAAGUCGGUCAUGAUGUUGACCUUGAUCCUCAUUCACAUCCAACCACCACGGCAUGGUCACCACCACCACCAGCAGUUCAAACCCCUGACCCGACAAAGAGCCCAAAUGGCAAGCCCAAAGACAGUACCCUGGCACCAGAAGACGUCCUCUUGAUCAUGAAAACGGGCUACACGUCUCUUUGGAAGCGUCUUCUAAUCCACCUCACCACCUCCCUUUCCCCAGACCGCAUCCCCCAAUCCAACUCGGUCAUCUACUCCGACGCCCCCUCCACCAUCGGCACCUUCAACAUCAUCGACGCCCUAGAAAACACCACCCACACCCUCAAAUCGAACCAUCCCGACUUCGAAAUCUAUCGCCAACAACCGCUCUACAACAGCCACAACGCCUACGUCGAAGCAGCGGGUAUAGAAGGCGACAACUUUGGCCCCGCGGGUGGUUGGAUCAUCGACAAGUACAAGUUCGUCCCGUUGAUGCAACACGCUGGGAGGAACUACCCCAACGCGAAGUGGUAUAUCUACAUGGAAGACGACACUUAUCUCUUCCUCACUAACAUCCUUGCCUACCUGUCCAAGUAUGACUGGAGGAAGUCGCAUUACCUGGGCAGCUUCGCCGGGAAGUCGGACGUGAUCUUCGCCCAUGGCGGUGCGGGCUUUGUCAUCUCCCGCGGAGCGUGGGAGAGGUCCUUUGGGCAAAACGACAAGAUGGCCGCGGAUUACGAAGAAUACACGGCCGCCCACUGCUGCGGUGAUCAAGUCCUCGGUCACGCGCUCAACAAAUACGGGGUCAAAUUCGGGGAGAAUCAUGGAGACGAAAGAUUCACCUGGGGCUUCAACCCUGUUGUGCACUGGCGAUUUGGAUUUGAGAAGUGGAAUUGGUGCGAGCCGUUGCUGAGCUGGCAUAAAGUCCAUUCAAGAGAUGUGGCGAGAUAUUACCAGUUGGAACAGGAGUGGGAUUUUGAGAAAGACGGGCCGAUCAGACAUGGGGACUUUGCGAAACGGGUCAUCCUUCAUGAGUUGAGGGCACGGAAUAAUAGGGCGGAGUGGUGGGAUAAUAUGUCGGGGGUGUGGCAGGUUAGUUCAGGGAAUAAGAAUGAUCCUCCUGGGCCGGAGGGGAAGGGGUAUGAUGAGGCGAAGUGGAAGAAGGCUUGGGAGUCGGUGGGGGAUUGUGAGGAGGCUUGCAAGUUGUGGGGGGAUUGUGUUCAGUGGAGCUGGGUGGAGGAUUUGUGUAAGCUGGAUAAUAAGUUCAUGAUGGGGCAGGGGUACGCGCCGGCUAUGAUGGAGAGGAAGACGGCGUUAAAGAGGACUAGUGGGUGGUUGACGGAUAGAUUGGAGGGCUGGAAAUGUGCAUAG